UUUCAGGCUUGUACGGGACUCCCGCGCACGCGCAUACAUUCACGCGCGUGUUUCAUGACUGCUUUACUUUCCCCAAGUUCUCUAUUGCAUUCCCUAGGGUUUAGGCACGAAGGAACACACUCUUAACACUGUCCUUUCCCUCCCGAAGCUCCACCGGAUUUCCUCCGCGGUGGUUCAGUAAAUCAGCCACCAUGGAACUUGCUGGGAACGAGUUCGAUAGGAUACUGUUUUUCGAGCACGCUCGGAAGACCGCCGAGGCCGCCUACGCCAACAACCCUCUCGAUGCCGAGAACUUGACGAGGUGGGGUGGAUCUCUGUUGGAGCUGGCUCAGUUUCAGAGCGUUGCAGAUUCUAAGAAAAUGAUUCAAGAUGGAAUGAACAAGUUUGAGGAGGCCUUGUUGAUAAACCCCAAGAAGCAUGACACCUUAUGGUGCUUGGGAAAUGCUCAUACGUCACUUGCAUUCUUAACCCCCGACGAGGAGGAAGCAGAUGUAUAUUUCAAGAAGGCAGCUGCCUACUUUCAGCAAGCUGUUGAUGAGGAUCCAUCCAAUGAGUUGUACCUCAAAUCUCUAGAAGUGGCUUCUAAGGCACCAGAUUUGCACGCGGAGAUCCAUAAGCAUAGUUCAAUAGGCGGUCAGCCAAUUGAGUUCAACAAACCUGACACGGGAGGACCUUCCACCUCAACAAGCACAAGGGGUACGAAGAAGAAGAAUAAGAACACUGAUUUUACUUACGACGCAUUCGGGUGGGUAAUUCUGGCUGUUGGGAUUGUCGCCUGGAUCGGGUUCGCUAAAUCCCAGAUGCCUCCCGCCCCUCCACCAGCUCCCCGGUAAGACAGCUUCGGUUCUUCCAACCUGGAAAGCAUGUCUUUUGGAGGCUGGCAACGGAGCUGCUCCUGCUGCCAAGGGGAAUCAAAUGAAAUGUAGUGGUCCGUCUAUUUAUUGCCUAAAUUUUGACUUUUUUGGUAGCAUAUAUUUUUCUAUCGGUGUAGACUUGAUAAUAAUGAGUUCCAAGAGUUGUUAUCAUCACUUCUGUGGUUCUUGUGUUGCCAUAUUGGUUCUUUAGGUAAAAAGAAAAAACCUCUAUGUAGGAAUUGGCUUGGAUGGAUCGAUGGGGAUUGUAUGCUGGAUGUCAUUUUCUUUCCGGUUUAACAUCGAGACGAUGAAAUUCUAUUAAUUCAUCAUCUGAUUUUGGCCGUCGAUGGAAUGUGACCCUUUAUAUCGUUUGGAUGGUCGAGUUUAUUGACGAUGAAAUUUGGUUCCGAUG